AUGACCAAAUUGCUUGCCGAAAUCAGUCAACUGUUUAUGCAAACAACACUCCAGAAGUACUACGAACAGGACCUAAUCAUAACCAAUCGCAUAACAAGCGAAUCGAUCGAAUUGCUCUCGGCACCAUUUCUUACGCAUCUUACGAUCCUUCCCAACCAACAGCUGCGAGGGCUCUACAUCGUCAACAGUGCUGUGCAAAGCAUCCCCAAAAGCAUAACCAUGCUCCGACGUCUUCACUUUCUCGGCAUAGAACAAUCAUACAUACGCAUGCUUGAUCUGGGGCUGCUGUGUGAUUUUCCCACACUAAACAUACUGCAGCUGGUCAACAAUCACAUUCGCUUGCUACUUCCCGCACCGGAUCCGUCCUGUCUUAACUCACUGGAAGAACUAUUUCUCAACCACAAUCAUCUCACGGCGCUUGAUUUGGCCCUAUUUGCACCGUUCGUUUAUUUGAAACGUUUGUUCGUCGAAAACAACCGUCUGCACUCGAUCGUCUGCUCCAACGCGACGAACUUCCCGCAUCUUCACCUAAUAUUGCUGGGACCGGGCAACAAUUUGACAUGGGUCGCGUUGGAGUUGCUACAGCUUCCAGCCCCAGUCACUAUCAACAUGCCGGGCAAUCAGCUGGAACGAUUGCCGUACCUGAACCACCACAACAUACCGGAGCUAAAGCGUACGUAUCUCGACCGAAACAAGCUAAGUGCGGUGGAUUUGUCCCAUUUUCAGCCACAUCAGCAUAUGGACGGUAUCCAUCUCGCCCAAAAUCAACUGCAUACCAUUACCUGCGGCCAGUACGUCCAUUUGCCUGAGCUAGAUACGAUUGACGUGUCGCAUAAUUUGCUCGAGUCGAUUUCGCUAGAAAACUGCAACUUUACCAACCUCAAGCUCGUUUCGCUCACGAACAAUCGGUUCGUGCGUGUGCCGGCGGACAUCUGCUUUAGUGAGGUGGCCCCUGUUGCAUGUGUUCUGCACAUGCAGCAAAAUCCAUUGCAGUGCAACUCGCUGCAGCAGUACAUCCCACUGCUAACCACAACGAAUAUCGAUCGUAAGCUGACGGUUACAAUCGCCGCAAGAUGCAACGAAAUGAACUACACUGGAAGGAUUGCACUAAACAAAAGAAAUUCAUUCUGCUGUAUGAAGUGA